UCCGCAUCCCAGCAACACCUUCAUUGAGACGGGUGGAAUGCCUGGUUUCGUCGAUUGGCAAACCACCCAUAUUGGCUCGGCAUUUCACGACCUUGUACACUUCGUUGUCGGCUCAUUGUCUGCCACGGAUCGACGAGAUCAGGAGGUGGCUAUCCUUGAUCAUUAUCUCCACGAGCUGGCCAAGAAUGGCGGCCUGUCGCUGUCCGGAGAAGACAACAGAAAUCAUUUUGGAAUAUAAGAAGUCGAUGAUGGCGGGUAUGGGGCGGAUCUUGACGCCUUAUGCUAUGCAACGCAAGGAACGUGUUGAGGCUAUGGUUGAGCCCUAUUGCGCAGCUUCGUUGGAUCACAAGGUAAUUGAGCUUGUCGAGUCGCUGCCUGAUGUACAAUCGGUCUGUCAAAACAUUCAAAUUUGAGUUGGUAGCGUACUGGAGUUGUAGUGUAAUAGAAACAACUUAAGACAACUAGUGAGAAGA